AUGGCAAACAUCACCUCUCACACUGUGUUUGAGCUCAGCUGUUUCCUGGAGUUGGGUCGUUUGCGUCCUCUUCUCUUCCUGCCUCUGUCUCUCUUCUACUUCCUGUCUUUGGGGGCUAACUUCCUGUUGGUGUUUGUGAUCCUGCGGCACCGUAGUCUACAGUCUCCCAUGUACCUCCUGAUAGCAGGGAUGGCGUGUGUGGAUGGGGCCCUGCCUCUGCUGGUCCUGUCUCCGCUCCUGUUGAGUUUCCUGUGGGGCUGGACACAGAUGUCUCUGGGGACCUGUCUGCUGCAGAUGUUUGUGGUUCACCUGCUGGGGGCUUUCCAGUCCACCAUCUUGCUGUGGAUGGCUGUGGACAGGUGCUUGGCGGUGGUGUGCCCGUUGCGGUACAGUGCGAGGUUGUCUGGGAGGGUGUUGUUGGGUUUGGCGGUCCCUCUUGUGCUGAGGAACGUGACUCUGAUCUCGGGGCUGGUGGUCUUGGUGGGCAGGCUGCACUUCUGUGACUUUGUGCUGUUGAACUGUUUCUGUGAGCACAUGGCUGUGGUGAGACUGGCCUGUGGAGACACGUCUCUGAACUCAGCUCUGGGACUCCUCACCAUCGGCCUGGUCCCGGUGCUGGACUUCAUCCUCAUCGCCGUGUCGUACGUAGUCGUCCUGGCGACGGCUCUGAGUGGCCGCAUCGUCACCAAGGCGACAAACACCGUGGUGACGCACAUCAUUGUCAUGUCCAUCUCUUUGGCCGUGAUACUCGUGGCCUUCAUCUCCUAUCGGGUUCACCACAAACUGCCACACACUGCCCGCCUGCUCUGCAGCGCCCUCUACCUGUUCUUGCCCAGUACUACCAAUCCCCUGGCCUUCGGGAUCCGGACUCAGGAGAUUCGCAAACAGAUCCUACAUCUGCUCAGACCUGUGUUUUAUUUAAACUCUGUAAAGACAAGCUGA